UCACCUUCCGGCUUCCACCAUUGUCGAACACUUGUAGUUGAAAUGGGAAACUUUUAAAAACUAUCUUCAGCAAUGUUUUGCGGAACCAAAGUGCCUUAGCAGCUCUCGUCGGGGCGGUUUUUGCCCUAACACUCGGAGGAGAUGCUUCUGCUGCUGAAUUUCCUUUAUGGGGUACCACUUUGUGACUCAGCGAACCCGAUAAUGCUCUCUCUCUACCUACCUGGGCCGUUCAUGUCUCCAGCGUCGUCGAAUGGAUUGCGGCAAUGGCUCUGGUGUGGCAAUAUGGAGAAAAAUCUGGGAAUGAAUCUUGGAAAGGGCUUUCUUGGGUUACCCCUGCUUGGUGGAGCACUUUGUGCAUGCACAUGGCAUUUCUUUUAUAACUCUGAGUCCCUUGAGGUACUGGUGGCCCUGCAAGCAGCACUGACUGUUGUUGAUAACUUCACAAUGUGCAUUGCCGCAUAUUGUAUAUACAAGUGCUGUCAAGGGGGGUCAGGGACUCAGUAGUAUAUAUUAUCAUGGGUUUUUUGCUUUUUGCCUGGACAAAUCUUCAACUAUUUACCCCUUGGUCACUGUGCAAGGAAGUAGGAAAGGUGGAGGAAAAGUCGGAGAUUUCUUAUUAGUGAGGGGCAAUUUGAUAUGCUAGAAUGUAUUGGAUGGUACUGCUUGAAAGAGAAAUUUCCUGUAUUAAUAAUUUCUGUGG